GGAGUUCGAUUAUAAAAACAAAAGCCAUUGCUCGUUAACUUCGCACCAAAAGCAGCCCAUGGCUUCUCUCUCAACUCAACCACCAUCCACUAACAUCAACAGUACGGUGGCCGCUGCCACCACCACCAUUCCCAACUUCUCUUUCUAUCCAACCUUUCCAAAAAAGACCCAGAUUUCAAAAUUUGGAAAGCGAAACCUUCGCCUUGCUCCUGGAGCACUGUCAUGCAGAGCCACAAACAAUGACCAAAACUUUACAUCUAGCUCCAAAGAUGGACAGCCUUCUCAAGGGAAGUUCGAGAGGAGAGAUGUCCUCAUUGGCCUAGGAGGUCUCUAUGGUGUUGCUGGUCUUUACAAUGAUCCUUUUGCCUUGGCAGCUCCCGUAUCAGCACCGGACAUAACAAAGUGCGGCAAGGCAGACUUUCCCGCCGGCGCAAAACCAACCAACUGCUGCCCACCACCAUCCACAAAGAUCAUAGAUUUUAAGCUACCUACCAAGAACUCCCCCUUGCGUGUUAGGCCUGCUGCUCAUUUGGCUGACAAGGAGUACAUAGCCAAAUAUAACAAGGCCAUUGAGCUCAUGAAAGCCCUUCCAGCUGACGAUCCGCGUAAUUUUACACAACAGGCUAAUGUCCAUUGCGCCUAUUGUGAUGGGGCCUACGAGCAAGUUGGUUUCCCAAACCUUGACCUCCAAGUACACAAUUCUUGGCUCUUCUUUCCAUUCCAUCGCUACUACUUGUACUUCUAUGAGAAGAUCUUGGGAAAGUUGAUUGGGGAUCCCACCUUUGCCUUGCCAUUUUGGAACUGGGACGCCCCUGCUGGCAUGCAAUUGCCAGCCAUGUAUGCCAACCCCAAGUCUUCACUCUAUGAUGCUCUUCGCAACGCCAAUCACCAGCCACCGACCCUGAUGGACCUUGACUACAACGGUACUGAUGAGGAAACAACAAGUCAAGACCAACUCUCUGCCAAUCUGAGCAUCAUGUACCGGCAAAUGGUGUCCAAUGGCAAGAAUGCCAAGCUAUUUCUCGGCAGCGCUUACCGGGCUGGGGAUGAACCUGACCCAGGUGCCGGCUCUAUAGAGAACAUUCCCCACGGUCCUGUCCACAUAUGGACUGGUGACAAUACCCAGCCUAAUUUGGAAGACAUGGGAAACUUCUACUCGGCUGGUAGAGAUCCAAUCUUUUUCGCUCACCACUCCAAUGUUGACCGAAUGUGGAGCAUAUGGAAGACAUUGGGAGGAAAAAGAACUGAUUUCACAGAAUCAGAUUGGUUAAAUGCAGGAUUUCUCUUCUACGAUGAAAAUGGACAGGCUGUUCGUGUUAAGGUUAAGGACUGCCUUGACACCACCAAGUUGGGUUAUGUUUAUCAAGAUGUUGAUCUUCCUUGGCUAAAGUCUAAGCCGACUCGCAAAUCUAAGCUUAAGAAAGUGGCGAAGUUUUUUCAUUUAGGGCAUCAGGGGGAUGUGGCAAUUGCAGCUGAAACAUCCCCAAGCGUCAACUUCCCGAUUGUUUUGGACAAGGUGAUAAGUACUGUGGUCGCUAGGCCCAGGAAAUCGAGGAGCAAGAAAGAAAAGGAAGACGAGGAGGAAGUGUUGGUGAUUGGAGCCAUCGAAUUUGAUAGAGAUGCGCCGGUGAAGUUUGACGUUUUUAUAAAUGAUGAGGACGACUCGCCUACCACUAGGCCAGACAAGACGGAGUUCGCAGGAAGCUUUGUGAACGUGCCGCAUAAGCACAAACAUGGUAAGAAGAUGAAUACCUGCUUGAGGUUAGGGAUCUCUGACUUGUUGGAGGACUUGGACGCUGAAGAUGAUGACACUAUUGUGGUGACUUUGGUUCCACGGUAUGGUAAAGGGCUGGCCUCCAUUAAUGGGAUCAAGAUUGAGCUUCUUGAUUGAAAUCCUCAACAAUCAGUAGUACCGUUGUUAUGGUAAUAAUUUCCCUUCAUCAUGGUUUGCUCUUGUUCUUUUGAGUUAAUUCCUACGCCCGGUUUUGUGACACGACGUUGUAUUUCUUGCGAAAUUGUGGUACGUUAUUAAUCGACCAAUCGGGCUACUUUCUUUAACUUUUCCUGUAAUUGGGCAGCUUGUCUAUCUAAUAAAUUCAUCUACAUCUUGUCUUUGUUUA